AGGUGUGGGUCAAGCACCACACAGUUUCAGUUUUGGCAGCAGCAUCCAGUGUCCCGUCGGAGGCUUCUAGAAACGCCAGGGCUGCGGACUGGUCAGCAAGCGGUGCUCCCGAAGCUGACGGGAUAGGAGGAAGGAGCUCAAACAACCUCGCAGGACGGUGGCUGGCGGCAGAGACCCACGGGAGCCCCCAGCGAUGUCGCGCCUGUUCCUCGCCUGCCUGCUGGCCGUCUUCCCAGUGGUCUCCAUGAAGAGUCCCAUCUUCGGUCCCGAAGAGGUGACCAGUGUGGAAGGCCGCUCAGUGUCCAUCACGUGCUACUACCCGGCCACCUCUGUCAACCGGCACACACGCAAGUACUGGUGCCGGCAGGGAGCCAAGGGCCGCUGCACGACCCUCAUCUCCUCAGAGGGCUACGUCUCCGAUGACUACGUGGGCAGAGCCAACCUCACCAACUUCCCGGAGAGUGGCACGUUUGUGGUGGACAUCAGCCAUCUCACCCGGAACGACUCAGGGCGCUACAAGUGUGGCCUGGGCAUUAGCAGCCGUGGCCUUAACUUCGAUGUGAGCCUGGAGGUCAGCCAAGAUCCUGCCCAGGCAAGUGAUGCCCACAUCUACCCUGUAGACGUGGGCAGGACCGUGACCAUCAACUGCCCUUUCACAAGUGCGAAUUCUCAGAUGAGAAAGUCCUUGUGCAAGAAGACAGGCCAGGGCUGUUUCCUAAUCAUUGACUCCACCGGGUAUAAGAAUGAAAACUAUGAAGAUAGAAUACGUCUCAAUAUCGCGGGUACCAACACAUUAGUGUUCAGCGUUGUCAUCAACAGAGUCCUGCUCAAGGAUGCUGGGAUGUAUGUCUGCCAGGCUGGGGAUGAUGCUAAAGCCGAUAAGAGCAACGUUUACCUCCAGGUGCUGGAGCCCGAGCCUGAGCUGGUUUACAGAGACUUGAGGAGCUCGGUGACCUUUGACUGUUCCCUGGGCCCCGAGGUGGCAGAUACGGCCAAAUUUCUGUGCCAGCAGAAGAAUGGGGAAGCUUGCAAUGUGGUCAUCAACACCUUGGGGAAGAAGGCUCAGGACUUCCAGGGCAGGAUCCUGUUCCUGCCCAAGGACAACGGCGUCUUCAGUGUGCACAUUGCCAGCCUGAGGAAAGAGGACGCGGGGCGCUACGUGUGCGGGGCCCAGCCUGAGGGUCAGCCCGAGGAAGGCUGGCCUGUGCAGGCCUGGGAACUCUUCGUCAAUGAAGAGACGGCAAUCCCCGCAAGCCCCUCCGUGGUGAAAGGUGUGAAGGGAGGCUCUGUGACCGUAUCUUGCCCCUACAACCCGAAGGAUGCCAACAGCGCGAAGUACUGGUGUCGCUGGGAAAAGGAUCAAAACGGCCGCUGCCCACGGCUGGUGCAGAGCAAGGGGCUGGUGAAGGAGCAGUACAAGGGCAGGCUGGCGCUGCUCGCUGAGCCGGGCAACGGCACCUACACCGUCAUCCUCAACCAGCUUAUGGACCAGGACGCCGGCUUCUACUGGUGCGUGACUGACGGCGACACGAGCUGGACGUCCACAGUGCAGCUCAAGGUUGUCGAAGGAGAACCAAGCCUCAAGGUACCCAAGAACGUCACGGCUUGGCUGGGAGAAGCCUUCAAGCUCUCCUGCCACUUCCCCUGCAAGUUCUACUCCUUUGAGAAGUACUGGUGUAAGUGGAGCAACGAAGGCUGCAGCCCCCUGCCCACCCAGAACGACGGCCCCAGCCAGGCCUUCGUGAGCUGCGACCAGAACAGCCAGAUCGUCUCCCUGAACCUGGACACAGUCACCAAGGAGGAUGAAGGCUGGUACUGGUGUGGAGUGAAGGAGGGCCCCCGAUACGGGGAGACGGCGGCUGUCUACGUGGCGGUGGAGAGCAGGGCGAAAGGGUCCCAAGACGCCAAGCAAGUGAACGCUGCCCCUGCAGGGGGGGCAAUAGAGUCAAGGGCCGGGGAGAUCCAGAACAAAGCCCUUCUGGACCCCAGGCUUUUUGUAGAGGAAAUCGCCGUGAAGGACGCUGCUGGUGGGCCCGGAGCACCCGCAGAUCCCGGCCGACCUGCAGGACACAGCGGGAGCUCCAAAGUGCUGGUCUCCACCCUGGUGCCCCUGGCCCUGGUCCUGGCCGCAGGGGUCGUGGCGAUCGGGGUGCUCCGAGCUCGGCACAGGAAGAAUGUCGACCGGAUUUCAAUCAGGAGCUACCGGACAGAUAUCAGCAUGUCGGACUUUGAGAACUCCAGAGAUUUUGAAGGACGCGACAACAUGGGAGCCUCUCCAGAGGCCCAAGAGACGUCUCUCGGAGGGAAGGACGAGUUUGCCACUGCUACCGAGGACACCGUGGAGAGCAAAGAACCCAAGAAGGCAAAGAGGUCGUCCAAGGAGGAAGCCGACGAGGCCUUCACCACCUUCCUCCUCCAGGCCAAAAACCUGGCCUCCACCGCAACCCAGGAUGGCCCAACAGAAGCCUAGAUGGAGCCCUGGGAGCCCCUUCCCUCCGCACGUGGCAAUCACGCUCCGAAUCACGCUGAUCCUCAGGGCCCUCAGCUCGGGGGGCUCCGCUGCCUGCACCCACACCCCGCCUAGGCGUCUCCUACCUGUCCUCAGAGGGUGUGCUGGCCCCUUCUUGGUGGCAUCCAAGCCUGGCUUACUUGUUCCUAUUGGGGGUGAGGUGAUACAAGGAGUUCCCACCUGCAGCUUAUUCGAACGAGAAAACUAAAGGUGUGGAGGAGAAUUAAGAUCGCAGAGGGGCCUCUCAGAAAGAAAAGGGACCGGAUGGGUGGGGAGACAACCGCAGAAGGGGGGCCGUUCAGUGCUCCCCUGUCCCCUCAUUUGGGGACGUCAGUGCAGCUCUCCCUUCCACCCCAUCUCUGCACCUCUCCAUCCCCACUCCAUCUUCUCUUCUUCUUUCCCUCAUUAAAAAUGUGCAUUUGGUUACUCACUAGAUUCCAGGUGCUCUGCUAGGCACUGGGAGAGACAGGCCACAAUCCCAGCCAGCAGCCUUCUGGAAACAUCACGGGGCCCCUGGAGGCCACAGCUUCUCUUCAUGGGCACACUCACUGACAUCUCAUCAGGUUUCCUCACCUCUGCCUCCACUGGGAGAAAUCAUAAAAGGCCUGCAGCCCUGAGGCCUUAGGGAUUAUGCAACACGGGCAUCCACACAAGCCACCAUCAACACAUUCUUACCAUUUUACAGGUGAGAAAGCUGAGGUCCUAAGAGGUGAAGAGGUUUGCUCACAGGCAGCAAGUGAGAUGUACUAAUGUCAAAGCUAGAUUUGACACCAGCUGUCUCUAAGGAGGGCCUCUGCUCUCCAGAUGAGACAAAAUGCCAUAGGAAGGAGAAGAAAAAUGCAAAUAAGACUGGUCUUUCACAGGCCCCACCUCAGGGAAGAUACCCUUCCCUGUCUGUCACUCACAGAGACCUAAUAGGAUAAGUGAAUGGUCAAACACUCAAAAAACCCCCAAAUUUGAAGAGUUCUGAGUGGAAAGGGAGAAAAAAGGGGGGAUUUGAUGGUGCCAGGGAUGGGCUGAUCGCCAAAGAACUAAGGUUUAAGUUUUUUCUUUCCCUUCUAAGCUCUGCACUUCAACUAGCGUCUAUGAGCUGGCACUUGCUAACAAAUCAAAAAUGUAAAUUAAUUAAUAAUUAAAGACCAUGAUUUCCUUCAAG